CGACCUGUAAGUUGUGUGUCCGUUGAAUGCUCAAGUAUAUAAGCAAGUGGAGAGAUCGACCGAAAAGUGAUAAUAAAAACACACGCAACAACAACAAUACAAGUAAAAUAAGCAAAAACAAAAUGCGUUUCCAUCGCGAACGCGGCCACAAUGCGUUGGCAUUGAUCGGGCUAUUUGUUUGCGUAGUCAUCGCCGGCCAGUGCCAAAUGACAGAUGCCUACAAGAGCGAAAUAGAGAUAACGCCUUCGCCCCUGGAUGAGCCGACAACGAAAAAGUCCGGCUGGUUCGGCGGCUUCAAGAAGUUCUUUGGCAGCAGCAAUGAGGAGACGACCACCACGACGACAACCACGACUACGACCACAGUGCGCUCCUUGAUUCCGGAUCGGGCAGCUAUAGGCGUGACGCCCGCCACAGCACAGAAGCCACCACCACUGGUCAUUUCCCAUGCCCCACUCAUGCCUUUAGGUCCUCGACCGGAUACACCCAGCUCUUCACCAUUCGGUUCGGGGUCACCGGGGGCCAGUGGUCCGCAAUGGCCAGCCGCGGCUGGUGCCGCCACAGCCCCACAGAAUACACAAACGCAGAGCUAUGGACAGAGCGCCGCUGGCUCAGCUGGAGCCGCUGGUCGUCCUCAAGGUGGAGCCUCGACGGCCGGAGCGGGAGCACCAAAUCUUCCACCUGGCUUCGCGCCCUAUCGUCCGCAAAAACCGCAACCCAGUGGCUUUGAUUUAAGCUAUUCGGGUGGUGCAGCUGGCGGUACGGCUGGCAGUGCGGGACGUCCAAGUUUUGGGCUAGCGCCAUUGACUAGUUCUACGACCACCACCACAACAACAACAACAACAACGACGCAGCGACCACAGACGCCUCAACAACCAGAUUUUGAUUUGCGUUUCAGUACCGGUGGUACUACGACAACCACAAAGCAACCACAGAGCAGCAGUUCAACAAAAGAGGACUUCCCCGCGCUACCGGGACCACGUCGGCCAUCGGUCAAGGAGGACUUCCCAUCCCUUCCCCCGCCCAAGUCCCCGGGCGCGGCACCAAGCACUCCUGGACAGCGACCCUCCUCGCCAUCAGCUUGGGAGAAUCCGCUGCCCACGCCCGUGCAUCCUGCGGCGCCAGUUCAUCCGACACCAGCUGGUAAGCCAGCUUUACCCACACCAGCGGGUAUUGGUGGUGCUGGGUCUGGCGGUACUGGCGGUCACGGAGUUUCUUUUGUGCCCCACGCUGGUGGUGACUCGACCUCCACAGUGCGUCCUGGUUUCCAGUCCUCGGGCAAUUCGCUUGCGUCAGACGAUGAAAUUCGCCAGUUGACCGAACAGUUGUAUACGAAGGAGACCAAUAGUCAACUCAACCUGAUCACCGUGAAUCUGCAGGGACGGACGCGUUCCAUUGACAGCGCCGAUGAGGCACCGGAGCCCUUACUGCGCGUCGACAGCAAGGCCCUGGAAUCGCCCACCAUAGCGAAGAUGCAUGCCCUCUUUAAUAAUUAUGAGCAGGACACGCUGGUCAAUGAGCAUGUGACGGCUAAUGAACGCAAAGAGGAGAACGAUUUUCUCGAUGCAGUCAUGGCAACCAGUGUUAUGAGACAGGCUAUGCUCUUCCUGCAGCAGAAGGGCUUGGUCACACCUGAUCCAAAGACGCAUCGUGAUCUUGUCAAAGAGCUGUGGUUUACGCAAUACUCUCGCGGCCAGGGCAAGAUUGGCAGUUCUGGCUUUGAGCAUGUGUUUGUGCACGAGGUUAAGAAUGGCACCAUUAUUGGGUUCCACAACUGGGUCUAUGUAAAUGAGGAGGAGCAGGCAGGACGCUUCGACUACAAAGGCUACUUAAAGGAACAAGAUUUGGGCACGAAAAGCAAAGUCGUCAAGAUACGAUUCUCUCACAAUAAUCUGAAUAAGCCUGUUAAUACUCUGUUCAUUGGCACCUCCCCCGAGCUGGAGUUGGCUCUGUAUACGGUGUGCUUCCAGCUACGUCCGGAUCGCACCUGUCCUGUCUCGUUGGGCAACAGCAAGUUCGGCAUCGUCACCUAUUCGUGGCGCUAUAGAGGCAAGAGCCUGAUUGGCAGCGCCUACCCUGAGAUUUAAUAUAAUGCUGAUUAAUGCAGCUUAUGCAGUUUUUUUUUUUAAUAGUCUUAUGUGGAACUCAUAUCGUGUAUGUAAAUAAAUAAAGUCUUUAAAACAGAUAACUACGAA